AAAUUAAGAAAAGAAGUGCUUACGUACAUGUCCGGUCUAUCAUGUCUGCAAGUGUCGCCUCAGACAGUAAACAUCUUUGAUUAAUCCUAGGGUUUUCACUGCUUCUGUUACAUUGGAUGGUUAUUACUGCUUGUCUGAAUCUCCAGCAAGAGCAUGGAAAGCUUCUCUAGUCAACUAUUUGAUUCAGAUUACGGCGAAAGGCGCUUUGGAGACGGAAAUUAUGACCGUCAUGAAAUUGAGGACGACGACCUCUCUAAAAGUAUCGAUUUGUGUCUAGGUGAAGUUGACAAGACUAUAGAGCACUCUAAUGAUAGUUUACCUUCAAUAUGCGGCAUUGUCGAACCGUACAUUGACAUGAAAUUCAAGUCAAGAGAUGAUGCUAGAGAAUUUUAUAUUGCUUAUGGUAGGCAUACAGGGUUUACUGUGCGCAUCCAUCAUAACCGGCGUUCUAGAGUAAAUAACAUGGUUAUUGGUCAGGAUUUUGUUUGCUCUAAAGAAGGUUUUCGUGAAAAGAAAUACAUAUACAGGAAAGAUAGAAUUCUUCCUCCUCCGCCCAUAACGCGAGAAGGCUGUCCUGCAAUGUUGAGGGUAGCUUUAAGAGAUGGAGAUAAGUGGAUUGUCACCAAAUUUAUAAAAGAACAUAACCACUCGUUAAUGUCUCCAAGUAAAGUACCGUGGCGAGGAUCUGCAAAAUGUUUGGUCAAUGAGGAUGAGAAGGACCGGAGAAUACAAGAACUUACAAUCGAGCUGAACAAUGAGAGACAGAAAUGUAAACGUCGGUGUGCUGCGUACCAAGACCAAUUACGUAGAGUGUUGGCCUAUAUUGAGGAACAUACUAGUCGCUUGACUAGUACGGUUCAUGAAAUUGUUAACAAUGUUAAGGAACUUGAAACUGAACAGCUUGAGCCUUGAAGUAUCAGAUUUCUAACA